AUGAUCUUAAGGCUUCACGUCGCCUAUAUCGAAACUCAGGAACAACAACGAUCUCUGAAGCUGAAGUCCUCUUCAGGCGACCUCGUCAGACUGACUACGGGCGGUAUCUGCCAGUACGAUUUGAUCAAGGCAAAGUCUAGUAACAAGCGUAAGCGCAAAGGCUUCCUCGGACGACCUCCGACGGUCCUCCUCGAUACGCUUGCUAGUAUCUAG